UACACUGUACAUGUACAUGUAUGUAGUCGCCGUCGGUCCCAAAGCCUUAGAAAGUUGCAGAGUUUCUCUCUUAAAUAUGACCAGUUCGCUCACCCAUGCACAGCGUGUUCUGCGAUUGUAUAAGAAGUCGGCGAGACAUUUAGAAUCAUGGAUUACCCACAGGCCAACGUUUCGCUACGAGGUCACGCUUUUAAGAGCUCGAUUUGAUGAGCACAAGAAUGAAACUGACAUGAAGAAGGCAGCCCAACUUCUCAGGGAUGGGGAGGAAGAGUUUUGGGAGAAGCAACACCCUCAGCCAUACAUAUUCAUUGAUUCUCCUGGAGGCACGCGUUAUGAGCGGAACAUCCCUUCCCCAGAAUGGGUUCUGAAUUACUGGCAUCCCUCUGAGAAGGCACGCUACCCAGCUUAUUUUGCUAGGAGGGAGAAGCGCAUUGCUCAGGAGCAAGCCAGAUGGCAACAGUUGGUUGACGAGGAAAAACAAAUGCUAGGGCAAGGAGCAGAUCAGGGAAAGCCCCAGUCAACGUGACCCUUGACAUCCCACCCCUGCAGCCAUCAUCCAUUUAGCAAAAUGGUACACCACCCUCAUGUACAUAUCACUGGUUUGAAUCAUCCUGCCAUUUGGCUUGGUUUGGCAUCAGUUUGUUCAGUUUUAAUUAAACUUCACUGCUUGCUAUCAAGGUAGAAUUAACAUUAAUUAUUUUAAACAGUUAAAACCAUUCUGAACAAUUAUAUCUUAAGUUAUGGAGGCCAGGGAACUAAAUUCUGUGUGCAGAAAUUUGAAAGAGUACAGUCUAUUAUACACAUGUAUGGACUGGCAAUGAGGUCACUGUGAGUGACCAGAGGGCAAUAGGACCACUCUCUCUGGCUAGUCUCUUGAAUUGAUGCCCUAGUGUCUGGAAUUAAUGUGUGCGCACUGUCUAGGUGCAUGUCGAGUCACGCUGAUGCCAAAUUCAUGUACUAGGCCACGUAGGGAACCAUACAUGAUCGUAUUUCAGCCAAUCAGGCGAAAGAACCAGGAAGAGGUGUGUUAUAAUCUGGAAUAUCCAAACCUUAUAAGCAGUUUUCUAUACAUGUUUACCUUUUCCUAGGCCUAAGAUACCAGCAGCAGACUUGCUUAGCAUGAUUAAUUGUUGACUUACCCAUGUCCCUGUACAUUGUACUUUGCUUAGAAGCAAAAUCAGCUACUUAUCACUACUUGGGAUUUUAUUUGACCUGUUUCAAGACACUUUGACCAGCCAUGCGUUAAUGCAUAUCCUUAUUUGAAAAUCUUACCAACAGUAUAGUGACAUACAUGUAACUGGGACAUUUCAGAAUGAAAACUAUCAAACCAAACCUCAUUCAGUUUGAACUUGUGAACUUCCUGGGUAGUAGUUUGAUGAAGAACUCACAAACACGAGCAAAUUAUAGCUUCUGCCCAUCUUCAGUUUCAUUUAGAUUUCGGUUGGUUGGAUAGAAGUGAGUAGACAAAAUAAGGUGUUUUCAAAGUUUUUGGGUGUUUUCAGGCAGUUGUGUUUCACUUGUUAGAUGAAAGCACUCUCAGUGGACACAAAAAUGAGUUGGUCUGGUGAGAAUUUAAAUAAACCAGAGGAAUUUGCUAUCAGACUGAUGAUUUAUAUAAAUAAAAAGUUCUCUGAAGACAACAUAGAUUUCCUCCACAAUGUUUGUUAAUGUUUCAGGUCUCAUUCUUAUGUGAUUAAAUAAUGGCUUUGACAAAAGAUGCAA